AUGGCUCCAACAUCUGCGGGCCUUUUUUUUGUCCUCAGAUUAAAUAAAUUCCCAAAUAAUUUUUAUUUAAAAAUUUUUAUUUUUCUUCUUGCCUUAUUUACUACUUUAAAUUGUUCUGUAAAUGUUGCAAAAUUUAAUGCUCGUCUUUCAGUAUUUAGCAGUGAUUUUGAAACAUUACAACAAAGGCAUAAAAGAGCAACAACAGAAUCUUUACUGACAGUAGAAUGGGAAGGGAUUCAAAGUGGUGACCAUCCAGAUUCUUCUAUUAGAGGUUUUAUUGUUGAAUAUAAAGCUGAAGGUGAAAAUCAAUGGAAUGUGCAUUCUGGGAUUAUACCUUACAAAGGACCUAAUCAUCAAUACAGAAUACCCAAAUUACCAACAGGAAUAUCAUACUUUGUUCGCAUAAAAGUUUUGGGUUCUAAAGGAGAAGUUUUGGUUGAAACGCCAGAAAUUCGUGCCAAAAACGAAAUUGUUUCGAUACAUUGUGAACCUGAAGAGAUUACUUCUCCAAACAAUAUUAAAAUUAAAGAACAAUCAAAAUUCAGUAUAGCAAUUACUUGGCAGCCCCCAGAGUGUGGUUCUAUUGGGGAGUAUCAACUAGAAUUGAAAGGAUUGAAUUUACAAAGUUUUGAUGUUCAUAGACAAACAGUUUCGCAACCACAAGCAUCGAUUAGUGGAUUGAUUUCUGGAACUGAAUAUUCUUUGAGGAUUAGAGCUAUUGAUAGGGCGAGGAUUGUUGGACCGUGGAGUGAGGAGCUAAUAACUGUGAGUACAAAAGGAGAAUUACCAGAACAAUUAUCUAACGCACAAUUAGAAUAUAUUAGCGAUAAAGAAGUUAGAAUAAGUUGGACACCUCUAGACCAUCCAAGAUUACAACAUUAUGAGGUAAACAAACAUAUAAAAGACUUGAACAUGUUUUGA